AACCAUUUUGGAGGAAUUCUUAAAUAAUUGCGAUCAGAGUGUUCAUGUCUGGUGGUACUGGUUAGAGCGUUGGCCUCACAGAUUUGAGGUUCGGGGUUCAAAUCCCAGCCCUGCCUGUGUGGAGUUUGCAUGUCCCCCCCGUGCCUGGGUGGGUUUUCUCCGGGCACUCCGAUUUCCUCCCACACCCCCAAAACCUGCAUUAAUUGGGCAAUCUAAAUUGCCCCUAGGUGUGAUUGUGAGUGCGGCUGUUGUCUGUCUCCACGUGCUCUUCGAUUGGCUGGUAAACGGUGCAUGGUGUACCCCGCCUCCUGCCUGAUGACUGCUGGGAUUGGCUCCAGCACUCCUGUCACCCCUGUGUGGAUAAGCGGUUGGGAAAAUGGAUGGAUAACCGUUUUUCAGUGACAAAAUUGAGACAUAAAAAACGAGACUUUAAAAAUCGCAAAUAGGUGAGUUUUUCCACGAAUGGGAUGGAUCCCCAAAUAAAUCAGCGAAAAGGUGAAAAAUUGUUUAAAAGUGUGCCCACCCGAAAGAAACAACUCGACAGGAUGUGGUCCAGUGGGGCGCAGGGCGAGUUGCCACCAGAUGGAGGCGAUGUGGCUCCUCCUCAGCUCAGCUCAGCUCAGCUCAGUUCAGGCGGCUGGGUGAGAUCAUUACCAGACAGCGGGCUCGGGGCUCCGACAUUCACCGAUCAGGAUCCGGGAAGGCAGCAGAGCCAGAGAGCCCACUCCUAGCCUCGAUCCCACGCAAGCGGCGGGCGGGGGGGGGGUGCGGGGAGGGAAGCCACCCCCAGACCACAGCGGCUCCUCUUGCGCUGUCUGUCGCUCGGGCUCGAGAGCUCCGCGUCGUCGCUGACAUUUUUGCCCGCUCGGAGACGGAUGCGGGCUCUUGUUUUGACUGCGGUACCGGCCUUCGCGCGUCUGCUUUGCUACGGAUUUGUGGGGGAAUCUCAACUUGUCGAAGCUCCGCCAGCGCUUCGGCGGUCCUGGAACGGACGCCCCGGGGACGCUCGUUGUCCGGCCGCCAGGCGAGCCGCAAAGGAGCGCGCUUCUUCCAGCUCGGAGUUGGACAUAAACGUCUCUCAUUGGAUUCCACCUCCCUCGGCGGCUUCUUCUUCUUCUAAUUUUUUUUACCCCCCCCCCCUCUCAUCACAUCGGUUGCAUACCCCAUUUUGCUAUUUUUCUUUCUCAUUUUCAAAGCAACGCUGACGCCAUUUUCCUCGUUUUUUUUUUUUUUUUGUGUCAAAAAGCAUCCAAGUAAAUUCCAGUAGCAUGUGACAGCUCCCCGGGACGCUGUCAUCCCAUCCGUCGCCCGUGUAAAACGUGUCUAAAUGGAUUGUAAAUGAUCUUGAUAAAUAAUUUACACGUCAAAGCCGAGUGUGUGACAACAUUAGACAUGGAUUGUCCCUGGCUUCCCAGCGUGCCGUCGGGCCAACAGAACCGAUCGCACUAGCUGGUCGACAACCGCCCAGAAGCCCGGCAGACUUCCAUUUCCUUUCAUCCGAUUGGCUGGCUGCCACAACUUCCCCCAUCCUGACUGGCCCUGGCGGGAGAGUGGAUGGAGCCGAGGGAUCCGGUUGGCUCGGCCCGACCCAAAGAGGCGGAGUUACGGGGAGGCGGGGCGGCGCGGAAUGGAGACGGACCGGGAGGUAUCGGCGCGCUGCGUGGCGACGAUGUGAUUCACGGUGGGGUCAGUGAAGGGGAGGGGCUGGAAGAACAGGGGGAGGGGCUUCUGGAGGAGCAGGAGUUCUCCAUCAAGGAAGCCAGUUUCCAGGAAGGAAGUCUAAAGCUGAAGAUCCAGACCACCAAGCGUACCAAGAAGCCCCCCAAGAGCCUCGAGAACUAUAUUUGUCCGCCGGAGAUCAGGAUGACCAUCAGACCUCCGGCCGGAGAGGGCAAAGGGGGGCGUCAGGGCCGUGCUGGAGGCGGGGCCACGUCGGGGCGGGGUCAAAAGGAUGAAGAAAGAGGACCGCCCAGAAAACGGACGUACGAGCGGCAGUUCAGAAUGCCGGAGCAGAGAGACGGGGGCCUGUUGCAACUCCUGGCGGAUCCUUCCCCGCCCAAAAACCAGCUCCGCAGCACUCUUCUUCCCGCGCCCGCUCCCUCCCCUGUGCAACCGAUCCAGCACACCCCCGCGCAACAGUUCCAACACGUUCAGCAGCAGCAGCAGCAGCACCAAGUCAGCCCGGACUGGAUCACGUUCAGAGCCGAUUCGACGCAUUCCGAGCCGGCUGUCGAUUUAAUGGGAUCCGGUCGGAGUGCAAACGCGCUAAUGGAUUCUAAUGCAGCGUUCCCACCAACGGUGACCCAAAGCCACUCACCUCAGAGAUCUUUGACUCCAGACCUUCAGUUGCCGGUCGUGACGGAUGCCAGUAUUCUCAACUUGACCUCUCUGAGCAGGGGGAAAGGCUUGCAGGAAGUUAAUGAACAGCUCUUUGGGAACAUCAAGCGAAAGUACAGCAGGAAAGAAUCCCAGAAGGUACUCGCUAAUCCUCACAGUGCUGACGCGCUGUGGGGAAGACAGUCCGAAAAAGAAACGGGGAGUCCAUCAAAUCCAGAGGACAGGCAGCGGUACAGACAGGAAGAGACGACGGAGCAAUUCCGAGAAGAAAGAGAGGAAAGAAGGAAGGAUGAAAGACAGCAAAUAAAUACCGGUAGGAAAGGGGAAGAAGAGAACAGAGGGUUGCCCGUGCCGACAGAGGAAGGAAAAGGAAGAAAAAGGCGGAGAAAGCCUUCUUUGGAAGAGUCCUUUCCUGCUGCGGAACAAUCCCUCCAACGGCAGGAUUCUAACGCGGCAGAGAAGUACCAGCACAAGCCUACAGAUCCCAAAGUAGCUCACAAGAUGGAGAUUCACAAAAAUGACUCGAGGCUCACAAGUCAGGCUGACGUCGGUGGAGAGAAGUCAGAGAAAACUGAAAGACCGGAUAAAAGUGACAAAAGAGAAAAGGCAGAAUGGAUAGACAGGGCAGAAAAGGAUGACUCAGUCAGGAGUGGCACGGAUCCAGAAUCCACUUUUAGUGUGAGCAGAAUGAAAAGGAACCCAGUGGGACGUCCCAAGAACAGGAUCGAUCCACAUAAACACAGAGAUCUUGCCCUUAACAUCGGUAAGCCAGUCUUCUCCGCAAGUCCCAGACUCCCAAGUCCAAACCCCAGCCCCAGCCCCAAGGGAAGUAUCAGUCCAAGCCUAAGCCCUAAAGCCAGGCCGAACUUCAGCCCCAGCCCCAGACCAAGGGCAACCCUGAUUCCGAGUCCGAGCCACAGCACCGUCUCUACAGUCAGCUCCAGAUCUAGUAAGUCUAAGGACAGAUGGUUGUACCUGAAAGCAAAAAGUCACACCAGCAUCACCUCUCCCCAGAGAGAUAUCUGCAGUAGUCCGUCAACGGUAGUUGAUCCACCCUCUGCAUUCCCUAUAACUCCUUCUAGUCCGCUCUAUACGAAUACCGACAGUCUGACCGUCCACAUGCCCAUCAAACGAAAACGAGGACGGCCCAAGAAACAGCCCCUUCUGACUGUAGAAACCAUCCACGAGGGGACAUCCACUUCACCCCCAAGCCCCCUACUAGCGCAAGAAACCUCUGCCGGGCUAAACCGCAGGAGGAAGUCUAAUCCGCUAACAACAGCAAUGAAUACAAAAUUAGUACAAAUGGUGCCAACGAAUACCAGUUCCAAUUCCAGUGGUCCAAAAGUUAAACGUGGCAGAAGCAACUCAAAACCAGUAAACAAGGUCAAGCUUGGGAAGAUGCAAAGCAUCCUGAAUGAAAUCCUGUCGAGCUCGAGUAAGAACAGCACCAUAAAGUCUCCUUCCGCGCCUGUUGCCUCCGCGAUGAAUGCCGUGGCAUCAACCAUUGAGGCACGACUGGGAAAACAGAUCAACGUCAGCAAGAGAGGAACCAUCUACAUUGGGAAGAAGAGAGGCCGCAAACCCCGAGCCGAAAUGCAAGGCGCCAACCUUCCGAAGAGUGUCAGGGACAAGCCUUGCAUGACUAUCUCCACAACCGGUCUCUACGAAAGCUCCGUCAUGUCCGCCGCUACUUCAUCCCCCAAUUCCAGUGCUCCGCCAAUGCGAGCCAGCCACCCUGAUGCCUCUAUGCCUAGUCUGCAACCCAUCUCAGCCCUGCCCCCCAAACCUGUAGCUCGAGGAUUCCUCUCCGGAGGGUGGAAACUGUCCCCUCCACGUCUUCUAGCGAAUUCACCCUCCCAGCUUUCAGAAGGUGCAUCGGUGAAGGAGGUCACCUUGUCGCCCAUCAGUGAGUCCCACAGCGAGGAGACGAUUCCCAGUGACAGCGGGAUCGGGACCGACAACAACAGCACUUCGGAUCAAACCGAGAAAGGCCCUGCGUCUCGGCGCAGGUAUUCUUUUGAUCUGUGCGGAUUUGAGGCUGCGGAGGCUGCUGCUCUGGAAGCGUCCGCCAGAGGCAACAGAGCUCGAAGUGAACGACAAGCUUCUGUGGACAACUUCCUUUCUCAGCAGGAGAAGAAGCAAAAACAUAAUCGACGAAAGAGGAAGUGUCUUCAGAGCCGGGAUCAUAUUCACUUUCUUUCUGAACUCGAGGAGGUUGUCGCCAAGCUCCAGCAGCUCCGAGUGUCUCACCGAAGAUACACCUGUUACCCUCAGAAUCCCUAUCCCUCUAUUUUCCGCCUUAACUUCCACCAUUACUACCCGGUCGCCUACGACACGUACCCUUGCGACUCCGGUCCGUACGUCCGUAGGAGCGCCGAGCUGAAGGCCAAGAGGAGACGCGGUCGUCCGGCCAAAGCCAGCGAGCCCAUCGCUUCGAAGAUACCGUUUGUUCAAGGGUACGGCUAUCCGCUGGCAGGGGGGAAUUACUAUGCAGCACCGUACGCGAUGCCUUACACGCCCCAUCUAAGCCUGGGCUAUUUCCCCCCUGCACCUCCGUUCUACCUGCCUCACCACUCCCUCGGUCACGUCCCCCCGUCACCAUUUAUGAGACCUGCUGUCCCCCCGCCCAAGGCCUUUCACACCAGUGGACACUCAAAGCUCCAGCCGGGGGUCACGCAUCACCGCAGCGGCGGCGGCCAACUUCAGGGCCCGUCUGCAAGAGGGGAGGGCUUAGGAUCCGUCGGCAGCGGCAGCGCAGGUGGUCUCGGUGGUCUUCGCCUCCACAAGCGGAAGCACAAGCACAAACACAAGCACAAAGACGAACCCUUACUCUCUCCGCGAGACCGGCAAGAGUUGGGCGGGCUCUUCAGUGGCGCCAAGGCCAAUUCACAUCGCAACAUGCUGAGCGACAUGCGCGGUCAAGGCCCUUCAACGCAUCAGGAGAAGAGGCCCAACGGCAGAGGCUCAGGACUGGGAUCCACUUUAGGGAUGUUCGAGCCGGAAAAACUGUCCUCGCACUCCCUUUCUGACGGCCGCUUCCACCUGCGUCCGACCGGGCAGCCGAUGAACAACAGCUUCACGAGCAGCUACAGAAACCAAUCGCGGCAGCAGGAAUCCGCUUCCUUCCUCUUCUUGGGGUCGCAGGAGAACGAGUGCGGGUCGAGGAGCAGGAAGAUGAGGCCGACUGUGUUUGGAGAUCAAGGCCUGAUGUCACUACAAAGUGCCAGGCAGGGGCCGGUACAGAUGAACGAGCGCGCCAGUCCCCCCCUCUCUGGUGCUCCCGGGAAGCGUCGGUACAAGCGCAGAGAGGUGGAGCAGAUCCAGAAGGAGGUGAGAAGGAUGCACUCCUUGAACUUCGAACAUGUGCAGAAGAUCCUCCGUGCCAAGCGCCUCCAGCGACAAGCCAAAACGGGAAACAACAUGAUCAAGAGACGACCCGGACGGCCCCGGAAGCAACCCCCGGAUGAUGAAUCGGGCCCGGUCGGCAGGAGGGAGGAGAACCGGGCCGACGGGAGGACUCAGAGGAUGCCUGUUCUGGAGAGGUGUGACGAACCGCCGGCUAGACAGACCCUCAGGCCCACUCCGACCCCAGAACCUCUGGAGUUUUCCGAUCACGAUUCCAUCUCGGCGACCAUCGAGAAGGUGGUCCACAAAGCCCGCUCCGUGCCUGCGCCGGCCAAAGGGGGCAAACGCAGGGGCAGGGCCAAGGAUAACCUCUGGUCCCCCUCCAAUCAGUAGAGCCGUCGGUCUCGCCACCUUUUCAAUCCGGCGACUCCUCGGUGCACUUUUUGAUUCAGGAGAAGGACCCGGCUCGGAACAGUCGCGGUGCCGAGCCUUCGAAGGAAUCCUCGGACCCGCGUUUAAUACGGCGCUCUCUGCUUUCGUUCGAUACUGAAUCUGAUGCUAUACAAUUUGUGCGGUACUAAUGCUAGCGUAGGGUGUUCUGUGGUUUUUACGUAUCUGCUAGUGACGUGUAUGGUACGUGAUGAUACUGUGUCAGACCGUGGCGCGAGCCAUGUAUUUACCAGCAAGGGGAAGGGAUGGGGUUAGGAUACAGAUAAAACUAAAACUGUGCAGCUCAGCUUCUUUUCUGCCUUUCUGAGGGAGCCUGUCGAAGAGAAGACAGCAGUCGUUCAGCCACCUUCCUCUUGUACCUCCCCCUAAUGUUUGCGCUUAAUGUCCGUCGCGUCGGUGUUCCCUUUUAGCUUCUCGGCGGGGAUUUGUUUUCUCGUUCCACCCCGUUUAUCUUCAAUCCCAUUUCCUUUCCUCGCCUCCGCCUUCUCCCAAUCCAGAAGUUUAUCGUCAAGCCCCCCCCCCCCCCAACUUAUCCUGGACGCCGACUUUAAGGCAAUACGGUAGACGAGAACCGUCCUAGACUGUACAUAGACGCGACUCUCGCUCUCGCUCGCCUUUUCGACAGGGAAAACCAGCCCGCGGACACGUGCCGGAAUUCAGUAUAUCCCGUUUAAUUGUUGUACGAUAGACGACGAACGUUGCGUAUAGUUUCAAUAACCCCCCCCCCUAAAAAAAAAAAACAAAAAAACCCAAAAAACACACGUAUGCGACUCAAGACACGUUUGUUUUCAGAUCCAAACCGCAUAUCCAGCCGCACGCGCGCUCGUAAUUGUGUUUAUAUCUCGGGAGGGGGAAAGGGGGCGUCGUACGCAGUGGGAAUAUCAGGUGUUGUUUGUGUUUUUUUUGUUUUGUCGUUGUAAACCCGAAAAGUCGGUUUAAUGCACUAUGAAAAACUGUACACUUGCGUCAAUCAAAUGCAGCACUUAAAUGCUUGUUCCAGCCUUAUGGUUUUUUUUUUUUUUUGGCCUCGGAUGGUGCGUUCUGUCCAUUUCCGGAGAGCAUGCGUUACUUUUAAUCAAUUUUUAUAUGCAGGCCGCGCAGCCAAAAGCGUCAGAACCGAAGCCCGGCUAGGAAUUGAACGGAGAGGGCUCGCCCCGAUACUGCACAGCGUUCGGAAAAGCCCCUUCCCCUCCCCCGCUCUUUAUACUUUCUUUUGAAAAAUAAUUUUUUGGGACCUCAAAAAAAAAAAAAAUCCAGUAUUUUGAAACCAAAGUCUCAGUAUUAAUUGUGAGGAUGUGUUAUUUAACGGAAUUUGAAUCAGCGUCUUCAUCGUGUCGGCACCAAUGUAAAUCCCCCCCCCGUGCACUCUAGAAUGUAGCCAGGAUUGUUUUAUUAUCAACGUGUACUGACCGUGUCCUUUUUUUUUUUUUUUUUUUUUCCUAUCAAUCUCUUCACUCGUGUUUAUCCCGUAUGUAAAGAAAUAUUAUUGCGUGUGUUCUAUUUCAGGAGAUUUGCGUUUUCUUCGGACAGGGUGGGAUUCUCAGUUGCAGCGGCUCGACUUUGUGCCUUAUGAUUUCUGUGCUCCUCUGACGGGAAAGGACAUUUGACCUGAGGAAUGGCAAGCGGCAUUUAACGCUCAACCCCAAACAUCGAUAUUGACGUAUCGAUGAGUCUCACAUGUGUAUCUCGGACGUCUGAACGUGAUUUGAGUCCAGUUGUCCUCGCUGUUAGACGACUUUCAAACUGGAGAUACGCGGCGUUAAAGCUUCACUUACGUAGCAGUUUUACUUUAAAAUACAUUUUUUUUUUUACUGGUUAUGAAUUAGGCGUUAUGAAAUCUUUUAUAAACUGCUUAAUUCAAUACAGCAAGAGCGACUGACAUCCUGCCAAAUAGUUAGCAUACGUUUAGUUCUAUUGCUUUGGCCAUCUGCUAAAUAUAAUUCAUCCGUGAUAAAAAAUUAUUUGUAUAACAAUUUACAAUAAGCUGUGAAACGCUCCACGGUUAACCUUAACCGGGUGUGAAAAUACACAUUUCUUUUUUUAUGGGGAGGGGCAUUUUGACACGUUCUAUGUGGUCAAAUUUGCCCUCGAUUAAUCUAUUCAUUUUGAAACAUCAUUUUCAAAAAAACUUGUUCUGAACUCCGGGUUCUAUGCCAGCGUUGUAUAGGAGGAGAAUGCCAUAAGGGAGUUGUGAGCGUGUGCAGCUCGACUUUUCAUCUGCUCGCGUACACGUUGUUCAACGUUAGACUGCAAAUUAAUUCUUUGAAAAGUCAGGAGCACUUUUUUUUUUCUGGUUGCAAACGAGUUCUCCAUUUAUUUUUUUUUUUUUUAAUUCAGUUGCUUCAACACACCAUGAAUCAACAAUCAGUUUCGCACGAUCGACGAACUCCUUAAAUAUCAAUUAUUACUCCCAUCUCUGGUACAAAGUGUUAAUGGCUAUUUGGGAUUGUGUCAUAAAAAUAAACAAAACAACAACAACAACACAGCAUUGAACCAGCAAGUUCGUCUUGAGGGCCGCACGGUGGUAUAACUGGAAAGCGUUGGCCUCACAGUUCUGAGGUUCAAAUCCCACCUGUGUGGAGUUUGCAUGUUCUCCCCGUGCCUGCGUGGCUUUUCUCCAGGGACUCCGGUUUCCUCCCACAUCCCGAAAACAUGCAACAUUAACCGGACACUCUAAAUUGCCCCUAGGUGUGAUUGUGAGUGCGGCUGUUAAUUGUCUCAAUGUGCCCUGCGAUUGGCCGGCGACCAGUUCAGGGUGUACCCCGCCUCCUGUCCGUUAACAGCUGGGAUAGGCUCCAGCGCUCCCCGCGACCCUUGUGAGGAUAGGCGGCUAAGAAAAUGGAUGGAUGGAUGGAAGUCUUGUCUUGAGCAUGCUCCAAGGCCAACACACAGUCCAGCUGGAAAAUCACCACAUUGACUUAUUUUGGUGGAGUUGUUACAAACUUAUUUUUGUCACGGUCUACAUUGUAGGUACAGUUUCCCUCGGAGGGCCGUUAUGAAUGUGAUACCAUGAAAAUCUUUCACCUCAUCAUAUUCCCAGAUGAAAUUUACGAGCUAGUUUUGUAAUCUCAAAUCAAGGGCAACAGGUUUUUUUUUUUUUUUUUUUUUUAACUAUAUUGCUGUUGUUUGGGUGCAGAAUAUUGCUUGCAAUAUCUCAGUGUUAUCAUUUAUGAUGUGGCAAUUUGAAACUUUAGUACAGAUUUUUUUUUUUUAAGUUAAGUUAAGUUUUUAAGUUUACUGGAAGUUGAUACUCAAAUUUUGCCUUCGCGGGCCACAUAAAACCAUUCGGCUAGCUAGAUUUGGCCCCCCCGGGCCUUGAGUUUGACACCUGUGUAUUAUAAAUCAGUCAGUGGCAAGGCUGGUACGCCGAAAUGCAGAUUAUUAUUAUUUUUUUCUGUUAUUUAUCAACCCAGAAAACACUUAUUGGCAGUCCAUCCCCACAUAUUCAAGAAUUCUUUGUGUUUAGAAAAAAAAAAAAUGCAAUUUUAAUGGGCAUCAAUUAUCUCCGGAUUUUCGCUAUUUGGGGUCGGGCGAUCGGCAGGGGUGGGGGUGGGGUGGUGGGGGGGUUCUGCACUGUAAUCCAAACAUGUCUUAUCGCAGCGUUGAAGGAAGGAUCUUGAUCCCAGAGUGUUGGAGCAGAAAUAGGAGUCCCUUGCUGGAUAACAGCUACUUUGCCCGCAGCCAAGUCGGGCCAGUGCAGUAGCACCAAGACAACACCCCCGCAAACCCUCCAAAAUACAACAACCCCCCCCCCCCCUCCUCCCCUUUGACCUUGCUCCGCGUGAAGACUCAAUCCGGUCUGCGUUGUGGAUCGUGCACGUGCGCCCCCCCCCCCCCCCCCCCAUCCCCGUCUCGUCCGAUAUCCGCCACCAGCCGACGCUCCGGUGCCUUCUAACACUGACAAGUAUUGUCUUAAAAGCCGAGCUUUGACGCAGACUGGCCCCGUCUCGUGCUCCCGACGAGGGUUUCUGGUGUCGGGUGUUGACCGACCGGUAAAUUUUUGGGAUCGUUCUGUGAGACGGCAGCGAAUAGUAUCAAUAAAGUGCGGAUGAGAUCACUGAGAAAGAAAAAAAAAAAAGAAAAAAGUAAAUAAACAAGAAAUGUACUUCUUUAGAGCACAAAGCGAGGGCAUACAGUAUUUUAGUUUGUAUACAUAGUGAAUUUGAACCUUUUUCUAGAGUGGCUUUCCUUUCUUCGCAUGCUCAACUUGAUUGUAUGCAUAAAUAUUUUAGAUGAGCCGAACGUUGAAUUUGGAGCAACACACUUGUACAUUGUUUGAUAUUUUUUUUUCUCUCCUUUUUUUGUAAUGGAUUUUUUAAUUCAUGAAGCAUUUUUGUACAUUGUAUGAAUAUUAAAAAAAAACAAAACAAAACAAACAAACAACAACCUGCAAAUAUUUGACAUAUAGAGUAAAUACUAGAUGCGCAUGCAUAUGCAUAUAUUCUUCACCGUAUGUAUGUGUACGUCUACACAUAUAUUUUGUAUUUGCAUUCGCUAGCAUACAGAUAUAUGUCUUUAAGCACAUAUAUACAUGCAAUAUAUAUGUAUAUCCAUGUCUGCCGGCAUGCUUUUGGUCAUGUUUCUCUUCCAUGAUCUUGUAGGUAUUUUGUUUUGUUUUUGUUGAACUUUUUUUUUUUUUCCUGAGAAAGAAAAGCUCAUUCUUUUGCUGUCCUUCUGUCGGCUGGCUGCAUUGAGCACUUAUUAAGAAGAACUACCGUUGAAGUUGUUCAUGUUAUCCAUUGUGUGAAAUAUUAAAUGACUUUAUUGAAAGCUUAUCACGAGGGUGCUGUUUUUUUUUUAUUUUGGUGUACACUUGAUGCUAAAUGUCAGCCAGAUGGAGCGAAUGGAGCUUUACCACGGAGAGAAUCCUCUCAUCAGACUAUGGCGCAGUCUCACGCGGAUGUACACGUACUUUCCUCUCUUGCUUGCGCAACAGCCAAGCCGCCAUCCGGCCCGUCGCCCUUACUCGUUAGUGGGCCGGGCUGCGGGCUGCUCUCCGAUUGGACCCGCCGCGUGUGGGGAAAUGCGGCGCCAUUGGCUGGAGCCCGCUAGUAAAAUUCUUCUUGUUACCAUGGUUGCAGGGGUGAGCUGCCCAAAUGUGAUGCUGUGGUGCUGAUGGAACCAUUGGCACCGCCGUUGUAAAAAAUAAAUAAAUAAUAAUCAUAAUAAUGAUAAUGACGGCAGCCAUGAGUAGCUGCAAUGAAAUUCCUCUCCCCUCUCUGCACAAACAAAACUCCCGAAAGGAUGAAGUGAGCGUCCUUCCUUCUAUCUUAUUUGUUCUUAAACAAGGUAACGUUCACCUCACACUGCGUUGAGAUGAGACGUGCGAGACCAACGUCAAGGGAGCUGGUUCUCAAUCUGAGACCCGCAGCUGGACGUGGAACGUGGAAAAAAAAAAAAAAAAAAAAGUAGCACUCUUUCAAGUUCUUGGUGUUCUUCGUCCUCGGAGUCGGCAACGAAGUCGUCGCCGGCAACCUUGAUGCAAUAGCAAGGAAAAACCUUCUUCGAUGAGCGCUGAACUGUUUCACAUUUCGAAUUUAAACACCAUAACUAUAACCUCAAUUAUUCUUGUAUCAGUAUUUCACUUCCCCUCAGUGACGAGCUGAAUCAUAUCCCAGCUGACUUCGGGUGAGGUGGGGUCUGCCCUCGACGCCUCGGCCGGGAUUCAAACCCAAAGCCUAUUGACUGUGAGCCAGAAGCGCUGUUCGCCGACAUCCCACAGCAAAUCCUGUCAGGAUUCU